ACCGGCCCGGGGACCCGGCCCGAUCGCCACGCAGGCACUUGUCGCCGCCGCCGCCGCUGCCGCCAUACGGGUCGGGGAGGCUGUGCGCCUCCACUCGGGGAGAUCCGGCUCCCAUCCGGCCCCGCCCGCCGGGCCACGUCCUGCCCGCAACUCCUGGGCUGCCCGGCUUAAUUCCGGGUAACAAGGGCCAGCCCAGCAGACUCCACCGGGUGGCAUAGGGGGUUGUGGCCCAGGACAGGAGUCCUUCCGGAGAUGGAAAUCUGGCUUCUAGCCUGGCUCUGUCGCAGCGAUUUCUGUGGCCUUGGCUAAGUCACCCAUUUGCACAAUGAGGGGGCUUGAUCUGGCCCCCCUGCAAGAGCCCCACCAGUCCCCAUAUCCUGGUUUCUGGGCUUUUAGUGAUACUGAGCCCCCUGACCCAGGAAGUUGGAGGCCCUCAGGGGGUUGGAGCAACAGCUAUGAGGUGUGGAAAUUCUGCGGGGUGGGGAGCUAGAACCACGAUGGAGAUCAGGUCUGGCUCUUGGGGAUCUCUUUGGUGCUGACAUCCUGAGGGUUCACUCCCUACCAUUUCCUUGGCCCGUCGUUUAGUCUUCCUGUCCGAGACAGACUGUCAGACUUACUGAAAAGGACAAACAUAGGGCCUGGAAGCCCUUGCCUGAUGGGGCUAUCAGGCACAGCAGCUCACCAUUUUCCCCAAAAUUCGUAAUCCCAAGGACUCUUGUUUCAGUCAGCUGGGGGUGGGGAUGGGUUUAAGUGGCCUUCAAAUUAGGUGGGAGUCCAUGCGUCAUUAGCCACAAUUCAAAUGUGGGACAUGCCACCCCCCUUUCCAGUGAUUCAAAGUGUUCAGAUCUGACAUGCGGGAGAAGGAGGAAGAUUGUACCAGACCUGUAGCCUCCUGCUUGGAAAGCCUAGAGCUGAGGGCUGGGGAGAGUCUGAGCCUCCAGCUGAGUCUCUGUUCUUCCAUUCCAGGUGUCCUCCAUUCCCCCUCCAAAAACUGAUGGUGAGGCUUAACCAGCCCCAGAGGGAGGGGCCCGGUGUAGGUCAGGGGUGGAAAGAAGGCUCCUUGGACAGCAAUAAGGAGCACCAGUUUCCCCUAAAGCGGCAUGAGCAGUGCCCCUGCGCAGGGCCCAGCGCCCGCCUGCCUCACGCUUUGGGAUGAGGAGGACUUUCAGGGCCGCCGCUGCCGGCUGCUGAGUGACUGCGCCAACAUCGGCGAGCGCGGAGGCCUGCGCCGGGUGCGCUCAAUCAAGGUGGAAAAUGGCGCUUGGGUGGCCUUCGAGUACCCCGACUUCCAGGGACAGCAAUUCAUUCUGGAGAAGGGUGACUAUCCUCGCUGGAGCGCCUGGAGUGGCAGUGCCGGCCACCACAGCGACCAGCUGCUCUCCUUCCGGCCAGUGCUCUGCGCGAACCACAGUGACAGCCGUGUGACACUGUUUGAGGGGGAAAACUUCCAGGGCUGCAAGUUUGAACUCAGUGAUGACUACCCAUCCCUACCCUCCAUGGGCUGGGCCAGCAAGGAUGUGGGUUCCCUCAAAGUCAGCUCUGGAGCGUGGGUGGCCUACCAGUACCCAGGCUACCGGGGCUACCAGUAUGUAUUGGAGCGGGACCACCAUGGAGGGGAAUUCUGUAACUACAGUGAAUAUGGCACGCAAGCCCACACCGGGCAGCUGCAGUCCAUUCGGAGAGUCCAGCACUAAGCUCCAUGGCCCCAGCGCCUCCCUGGAGGACCUUCAAUAAAAGCUCCUGAACUUAUCUGCCCC